UCGUCAAUUUCGCAGAAGCAAAUGGUCAGAUAAAAACCCUAGAUUCCCCUAUCUCUAUGCGCUUGAUCCUGAGUCGGUUGUGAUCGGAGGGCUAAUGGAACGCGUCAUCGGCGGCAAAUACAAACUCGGACGAAAGAUCGGCGGUGGAUCCUUCGGUGAAAUCUUUCUCGCUACCCACAUUGAUACAUUUGAGAUCGUCGCUGUUAAGAUCGAGAACAGUAAAACAAAGCAUCCUCAACUUCUAUACGAAGCCAAGUUAUACAAAAUUCUUGAAGGAGGAAGUGGAAUUCCGCGGAUAAAAUGGUUUGGGGUGGAUGGGUCAGAAAAUGCUCUGGUGAUGGAUUUGCUAGGGCCAAGUCUCGAAGAUCUAUUUGUGUAUUGUGGGAGGAAGUUCUCACUGAAGACAGUCUUGAUGUUGGCUGAUCAAAUGCUAACUAGAAUAGAAUACGUGCACUCCAAAGGAUACCUGCACAGAGACAUAAAACCCGAUAACUUUCUCAUGGGCCUCGGUCGCAAAGCCAAUCAGGUUUAUCUGAUCGACUUUGGACUUGCCAAAAGAUAUCGAGAUGCCAACACUAACCGUCAUAUCCCUUACAGGGAAAACAAGAAUUUAACUGGAACUGCAAGGUAUGCUAGUUGCAAUACUCAUCUUGGAAUUGAACAAAGUCGAAGAGACGAUCUAGAGUCACUUGGAUAUGUGCUUCUGUAUUUCUUAAGAGGAAGUCUUCCAUGGCAGGGUCUUAAAGCUGUUGACAAAAAGCAGAAAUAUGACAAAAUUUGUGAGAAGAAGAUAUCAACUCCUAUCGAAGUUCUGUGCAAAAACCACCCCGUGGAGUUCGCAUCAUACUUCCAUUACUGCCACACAUUGACAUUUGAUCAGCGUCCUGACUAUGGAUUCUUGAAGCGUCUUUUCCGUGAUUUGUUUUCACGUGAAGGAUAUGAGUCCGACUAUGUGUUUGACUGGACCAUUAUAAAGUAUCAGCAGGCACAGAAAAGUAGAAAUCAUUCUCGGGCUGUUCCCGGGACUAGCAAUGCCCGUGCAGUACCAAUGGAAGCCAACCAUCAUCAAGGAGGAACCAAUGCUUCUUAUGGACCUGAGGUGUCUGAGCGUGUCAGAUCAGCCAAUGCUAUUGGUUCAGCCCCACAGUUGAAUUUUAGUGCUACUACGACAGGCAGGACUCUGGGCUAUGAUCAUCCCAUGGAGAAGCAUAUGUCAAUGCAGAUGAACAUGCCAUCCACUUCGUUUUUAGCUGCUGGCACCUCGAAAAGAAAUGUGACGAGGCCUGGUUUUCCUGCUGAUGCUGAACCCUCAAAUCCUGGGUACGGGAGUGGAAAUAGAACUGGUGGGUGGACCUCUUCAUUUCACAAUGUCUCUUCGGCCAAGUGAUGAUGUAAAAGAAAAAGUUGCGGAGAUUCGAUAACGACAUCCUUGGGUUGAACAAGGAUAUGCCAAUCCUGUGUAUAUUGUCGAGGAAUGCCUGCUGCCGAGGCAGUGAUGGAAGCUGCGGAUAAUGGAAAGAAUACAAUGUGUAAUUUCUCGAUGAACGCAUCUGUGUGUUUCUCUGAAGGCGGUUUCAAACAAGGCAUGAAGUGUAUGUUUGUUUGCUUUCAUUCCGAUGUCAUAAACAGCUUGCUCACCUUGUAUAAAAUUUCGCACCAGUCUGUAUUUUUUUUUUUUUGUUUUGUGAUCCAUUCCCAUCGGUGUAUACUAUUCUUAUGUUCAUAUUCUUGAAUCCAAGUCAUCA